UAUAGCAGCAUGCAGCUGUGGGCAGUGCUCCCCGUCUGCCUGGCUGUAUUUGGCACUGCAGGCAUUUGGACUGUAUUUGCAGUUGCUGUAACAAAUGAAUCAGUCAACCUAAUCGAGGGAAUCCUGUACAUCAGUCAGUGUGGCACUUACAACCUGCAGAGUUGUCUCUUCUCCCAGAUCUGCAACAUCUGCUGCUUUUUAGCCCUGUGGGUUGUGGUGAUCUGUUUCCAGCUGGUCAGAGACUACGGUGACCAUAGAAAGGCCAGCAUUUCCAGCAUAGUUUUAGGUUUUUCUCCUCCAUGGGAAUCUGUCAUUGGGAACUUCAAGCAAUCAGUCUUAAUGAGUAUUCAUGUUGUGGUAGCAAUCCUGGCUUUCUUCCUUGGCCUGGCCUACUUCUGGGCUCGGCUAAAACACAUUCUACCACAGGGUGGCACUAUUGAACUAUUUCGAGCCUUCUACGUGAUCCGUCUUAUCCCGGCAACAGCUUUAGAGCAGAAACAAAAGCAGUGCUUGCCUAUCAUGCAGUGGAGCAGCAGCAUCCAAGCCCACUAUCAGACACUGGAGCAGCAGCCCUCAGACGCUCGGUUUCUCUGUAACAGCGAGAGCCGUCAGCCCUUAUCAUCAAUGAGCCAAAUCCUGUGCAGUCCACAUCGAAAAGGCCAGUCUAUCUGCAAGACAGCAGAAUCUGCCAGAUGGAGGCUUGGAGAGGACUGGGAGUAA